CGGUGCUUCCUCGUUGAACCCAGCGGUGUGGUGACCUGCAGCCAUGGACAGGGAAGUGAAGGCUUUAAUAUUUGACCUGGACAACACGCUGAUAGAAACCAGCAGGGCGAGUGCACUGGCGAUACGAAAGACCAGUGAACUUCUGAAGACGACACUGUGCCUUGAUGACGACACCAUCAGCAGCAUUUGUGACAAGUUCAAGCAGAAGCUUUUCCUUGAGUGUUUUGAACCUGCAGCCGGACGAUCCAUAGAUGAUGUACGAGCGGGUCACUGGGAGGAGAGCCUCCAGGAGACAGUGGGCAGUAUUCCCACGCCGUCUCUCGCAGCUCAGUGCUACUCUCUGUGGAAAAACAGUCGGCUGGAAGUUCUCAGUCUGUCGCCUCAAAUCCGCGACCUCCUGAAACAUCUGCGCAGCCGAUACAAGCUGCUGCUGCUGACCAACGGGGUCGCUCAGACCCAGAGAGAGAAAGUGGAGGCGGUCAAAUGUGAGGAGUUCUUCGAUGCCAUUGUGGUUGGGGGGGAACAUGCAGAGCAGAAACCAUUCCUCUCCAUCUUCACACUGUGUUUCAACAUGCUGGGGGUGGAGGCCCAGGACUGUGUUAUGGUUGGAGACUCUCUGCACACAGAUAUUCAGGGGGGCUUUAAUGCUGGAGUACGAGCCACAGUUUGGAUCAGCAGUGCUGGAGGUGCAGUGCCAGAGGGCUCAGUGAAACCAGACUACACUGUCCCCACUGUGUUGGACCUGCCACAUGUACUGAAACAGCUGAAUUAAGAAUCUAAUAGUGACUUGAACCAUGUGACAUCAUUUCAAGUGGGACCUCGUGAAAAUGUUUUAAGAUAAAUGUCAUGACCUGUAUAUCUCUCAGCUUUUAUUGAUUUUAAGCAAUCUGUUGAUGUUUACAUUUUUAACUACAUGGGAGUCCAAAGUAGAAUUUGUAAUCAUUGAUGCGGGCACUCAGGUACCUACUAUCCAUUCAUAAAGUGGUGGAAAGUAAUCAUACUAUUUACUCAAAUACGCACACAAACAUAAUUUGGUGACACAUGUACUUUACUCAGGCUUUGCCAUGUUCUGCUUCUUGACACAAAAAACACAAGCUUACAAAAUAAAAACCACAUGUAAUUGAAAACUAGUUUCACUUCAAACAGUAAAUACUUCUUAUGCAUCAACAAGCUAACUAUAAUAUAUACAUUAUUAGUCACAGGGGCCCUUUCAUUGCAGACCUAGCACUUUUGCUUAAGCUGAUUGUACUUAUAUAAUUUUACUUGGGAACUUUUGUGUGUCUGUAUGGAUUUGCUUCUUUUCUUAAAUAAUGUGUCUGAAUACUUCCUCUUUAUUCAACACUCAGAAUGACUGUAUAAAAAACUUUUAUUUGUAUACACCUCAACAGAAUGCGUCAGUACAUUCUCCCCAUCGCAGGCUGGUCAAUUCUCCAAAGUCUCUGCUAAUAAAAUGCUGGACAAAGCAGUUGAGCGUC